AUGGCCUCAGCGCGCAUCUUCAUCUUGACGUUGUGCUUGCUAGACCUGGCGGCACGGUGCGUGCCAGGGCUGUGCCAAGGAGAAUCUGCAGAGUAUCAGGAUGCGUUAGACUAUCCCCAUGUUGAUGCGGAUCAGGCGAGUCAGCACUUGGCCCCUGAAGAGGAUGUGGACGAGGAAAAUGACAACCCUGGUGUUGUGGAAAAGGGUGGUUUGGUUAGGACGCAUUCAGUGGGGUCCCGGUCGACAGAGAACGGUGGCCUGCUGUCGAAGAUUUCCAAGUCUCUCUACGGUGCUACCGGUUCUUUCGCUGUGUCAGCUGCGGUUUUGCCGGAGUUGACAGAAGGGCAAAUUAAUGGCGUGGAGCCUGUGUCGUUAUAUGACAAUGUUAGAACCGUUGUGGGUCUCGGUGCGCUAGCGGCAAUGCUUUCUUUUCUCGCUGUCAGUGCGUAUAAGACGGGGAAACACUUUUUGAGGAGACGGCAUCGGAAGAGCGCCGCUGCCGCGGGCGUCUCUAUUCUGGGGGAAGAGGAGACAAACGGUCCUACUCGAGACGAUCACUGA